AUGCGAAGGGGGUCACUUCGGCGAGUUGUGGCCGUUCCCGGAAGAUACGGCGAGCUCGGCCACUUCACCGGCGACCCUUAUCCUUGUGGGCGGAUCAAUGUUUAUGGCAAGAUUUACGACAGACGUGGCUAUAUAGCCGCUCUCGAGGCUGGUGGCUACAGCCAAGGUCCAUAUCCAGAUCUUGAGCCAGAGCGAACCAAGGCCCGCUCAGUGACGUCAUCUUGGGAAUGCAAUUACUUUGGUCGAUUGUCCAAAUCGCCUCUGACAGUUCGGCGGUUGGCCUUCAUUCGCGCACCAUACUGGGACCAGGAGUUACAGUCUUUCGUGGGCGGUUACUUCUGCCGGGGCUGUAUUGGCCGCAAGAACUUCCAUUUCCGCUACCACUACAACGAAGAGGAGGGCUUCUGGGCACACGUCGAGAAGUAUGGGCGAAUACUGAAAACUGAUGAUGGAACCUUUUCCCACGAUUCGCCGCGCAGAGAAAGACAGACGCCAGACGAUGUGCAGGCCGAGAUGUACCGGUUCGAGGAUGCCUUGUUUGCCGAGGGAAUGGACUUGCCCGAUGACAAGCCUAUGCUUCAGCUGGAUAUACCGCACAACUGCCAAUAG